CCCUCGCCCCCCCUCCGACCCCACCAUGCAUUAUCAUCAUCAAUCAUGAACUGGUCAGAGAAGUCCGCGGCGGAUGAUACUUACAGUCCCAGUGCGAUACCGGAUUACGACCGAGAUUUCCUCGAUCCCGAUGAUUUGCGCCAAUUCGAAAACGCCCUGACCGAUCAGGGGGCGUCACCGCUGGUUGCGCUGAAUGACUGGCGCCCCAUCUACCAACGGGUCCGGAAAGGACGUGGCCGCCGUAAAGGGCCUAGGCGAACCAAGGAUGAGACCAGGGAAGGUGUGCUCUACACCGUUCUGAAGUGGCCCUUUCUGUUCAUCGUCUUUGGCUGGCUUGCUGUCCUCGCGUUUGCCUACACCUUGACUCGCGUUUACAUCUUCCUGUACGAGCAGUGGAUAACAUGGAGGGGCAGAAGACAGAGCCUCCGGAGACAACUACGCGCCCAAACCAAUUACGCCGAUUGGCAGAAAGCCGCCCAGGCCCUCGAUGAUCAUUUGGGCAACCAGCGCUGGAAGGAGACGGACGAAUACGCCUACUACGAUCACCUGACGGUAGGGAACCUGGUCAGGCAGCUGAAGAAGGUCAGGAAGGAGGCUGAACAUGAAAUCCGCGACGGCCGUUCGGGUCCCGGUGACGUACCGGCUGCCGAGGAACUCUGUACACUGCUGGAAGCGUGCGUCAAGAACAACUUCGCCGGGGUGGAGAACCCCCGUCUCUACAGUGAGGCGUACUCGGGGACCAAGAACUUGGUGCAGAAAUACAUUGACGAACUGCAUGCGUGCAUUCAGGUCGUGGCCGAGUCCAAGGUGAUCAGCGACGAGGAGAAGCUUCAACACUUCAAGCAUUUGGACACAAAUUUUGGACGAACCGCGCUAUGUCUCUCUGGAGGGGCCACGUUUGCAUACUAUCAUUUUGGUCUUGUUCGGGCGCUGCUCGACAAUGAGGUUCUGCCUGAAAUCAUAACGGGAACGUCUGGAGGAGCGCUGGUCGCUGCCUUGGUCGCUACCAGAACGGACGAGGAGUUGAAGCAGCUGCUCGUGCCUGCCCUCGCGCAUCAGAUCAAGGCUUGUCAGGAGAGCUUCCCCACGUGGGCAUAUCGUUGGUGGCGGACAGGAGCCCGGUUCGAUACCUCAGACUGGGCGCGUCAAUGUAGCUGGUUCUGCAGAGGUUCGACCACGUUCCGCGAGGCCUACGAACGAACAGGACGUAUAUUGAACGUGUCGUGUGUGCCGUCCGACCCUCACUCGCCCACCAUUCUAGCCAACUAUUUAACGUCACCCAACUGCGUGAUCUGGAGCGCGGUACUUGCCUCAGCGGCAGUCCCCGGCAUCCUGAACCCCGUCGUGUUGAUGACCAAGAAACGCGACGGUACACUCGCGCCGUACUCUUUCGGACACAAAUGGAAGGACGGCAGUCUGCGGACCGACAUCCCAAUAAAGGCGUUGAACCUCCAUUUCAACGUCAACUUCACUAUUGUUUCACAGGUUAACCCACACAUCAACCUCUUCUUCUUCAGCUCCCGAGGCACAGUAGGCCGACCAGUCACCCACCGCAAAGGUCGCGGCUGGCGCGGAGGAUUCCUCGGAUCCGCCAUCGAGCAGUACAUCAAGCUAGACCUGAACAAAUGGCUCCGGGUCCUCCGGCAUCUAGAGCUCCUACCCCGCCCCAUGGGCCAAGACUGGAGCGAGAUCUGGCUGCAGAAGUUCAGUGGCACGGUCACCAUCUGGCCCAAGACCAUCCCCUCGGACUUUUACCACAUCCUGUCGGACCCCAGCCCGGAACGCCUCGCCCGCAUGCUCCGCGUGGGCCAACAAAGCGCCUUCCCGAAGAUCCAGUUCAUCAAAAACAGACUAAAGAUCGAGAUCGCCGUGGUCAAGGGGCUACAGAAAUUCGCCCACGCCGCCGGCGGCCGAACGGCCGCCCCUGCGGCGUCUCGCUGGCGCAACAGCGACCACCACCUCGACGACGACCACGAGCUCCCCCACCCCGACCCCUUGUCCGAGCGUCUAGACCAUAAUCUGCCGGAACGGCGGGUCGAGGGCGACGGCGAGGACGCACACCUGCUACUGGACGGGUCCCUGUCGGAUAACUCGUCCGGCGAGUCUGCUUCGUCUCGCCUGCGGGUCCCGGAGCACCGUCGGGGCAGUACCGGGAGUAUCCUCGAGGAGAUGCGCCGGCAGUCCGCCGUCUUUUUCGAUGAUGUGGACAUGUACGCCGCGGAAGAGGAUGCGCUUAGGUCCGGAUGAAACCCUUUUAUCUAUCUAGGUACCGCCUUACUUUAAUUUCGCCCCGGGUUGGCUGGUGCGUUCCCUUCCGACGCACGUCAAACGCCUUGUUCAACACACAACACACUACUCUUCAACUGGCUAGAUUACUUAUUUCCUGUACUGUAUGUAGUAUGUGUCUAUCGCCCGAUAGAUAGAUAAAUCGGCGCUUUAUUUGGGUUGGUUGCUUAUUGGCUACCUGUUAUUCUUCUUCGUCUUCCUCUUCUUUAGUUCGUACAUAAGCGCACGGCGGGCGGUUUCAUCAUUUUCUAUUACUUUCUAUUACGUUAGGUUGGUUAGAUUAACUAUAUGUAUGUACAGUACUUAUGUAUGUAUGCAUGCUUGUAUGUAUACUAGUAUGUAUACUAACUAUUAAAGCAUG